AUAAAAACCAGAGACACAAGGAAACCUUUCAGGCAGUGGCAGAGGAGACAGGAGUCAAUAGAGGUUGUCCAGGCACCAGGGAUGGGACAGGAGUGAUUUGGGGAAAGUGGAGACCCGCCCGGAGGCUGCUGCCCGGGUCACAGGAGGGACAGGCGACCCUGAGCCAGCCGCGACCAGAGGCGGAAGAAGAGGGACCGUGGUAUAUACAGGACAGAGGGAGGAGGCGGAGGCGGAGAAGGAGCGCCGCGGAGGUGGGAGGGACAAGGCUCCACCGUGCAAAGGAGAGAUUCCGGAGAAAGAGAGGUGAUGCCAACAGGAGGGCGCGUGCUCCGGAAGUCAAACCCGGAGUUACCGCCGCUCCAACAAUCCUCCUUCCCCGCAUCGGCCCAAAGGCAUUGAAAGCAGGGACUCCAGCGGGCUGUCUGUACGCCCAUGUUCACAGCACACUUCACAGCCACCCAGCGUGGAAGCAACCCACGUCCACUGCAGGAUAAAUGGGUACCAAGAGGAAGGAAGGGGAGGACGGUAUGCCUGGGCAGCUCGGGGACAGCACGGAGGACCUCAGCCUGGACUUGGGGGCCCUGCAGGGCAGCGAGUAUCUCCAGGAUCUGGGCCUUGGGACCUUUUCCCACAGCCAGCCUGGGGAAGCCAGGGACAGCGGUCCCCCCAACGAAGAGGCCGGAAGAACAUCGACCGUGUCCAGCCCCGCGGAGUCCCAGGGCCUGCCUCGGAGACGCAGCUGGGAGAGGUCGCGGAGCUGCUCCGAGAGCUGGCAGAGGCUCAGCCCUGAGGCGUUGGCUGUGAAGGAGGGGCCCUGUCUCCCUCGGACGCUGGCCAGCCUUGCUCUGAACCUGCCAGGAGAGGACCUGCAGGCCUGGACCCAGGAGUGUCUGUCUGGGGGUGCGACCCCAGUAGAGCACCCAGGCAAGGAAUGUGACAGCCCUGAGAAAAGAGUGAGGUCACGGUCCGUUCCCGCGUCCUUCGAUGAGAUCAGCUCCCUGGAAAUCUCUCCGGCUUUGGACGCGCCCAGUCCAACUGCUCAAGGUUUGGAGCCCCCGGUGCUGGAGUGCAUGGAAAAGGACCACGUGGAGCCUGAGCACGUGCUGAUUGUCCAGCAGGUGCUUCAAGAACUUCGGCAGUACCAUGGGGCCUGGCAGAGGGCUCGCUUGUCAGGCAGCCCCGGAGGAGCCGGCUCCAACCUCACCUGGUUCGAGUUCCUGUCUGAGAGCGAGGACAGCGCCAACAAGAUUGAGCGGAGUAACAGAAGCACCAGGGUAAAGCGCAGACUGAGCUCCCUACGUAGUCGGGUCACCAGGCAGAAGGAGAAGGGGAAGAGCCCAGUGGUUCUAAAGGACAAGGGUCAGGAUGCUAGAGAGAAGAAGGAAUGUGUCAACGGGCAUCAGCUGGCGCAAGGGACCUUCCUUGGCCACUCCAGCUGCCCUCUUUGUGGCAAACCCUUUCUGAGCUCUGCGUCCCUGAAGGAGCACCCAAGGGCCACCCUCUUGUCUGAUGGCAGCCCGGCUCUGUCCAGGAAUGUCGGCAUGACGGUCUCACAAAAGGGGGCGCCGCAGCCAGCACCCAGCCCGGCAGGAACGGGGACACAGCUUGGACCAAUCGCAGGAGAGAUGGAUGAAGCCGACUCCGUGUUUUUAAAAUUUAAGCAGGCAGCUGAUGACUCUCUUUCGCUCACAUCCUCGAGUGCCGAGCCCAUUUUUGUAGAAGAUCCCUGCACGACUUCGCUGAGGAGCGAGUUUGAGUCAGAUGCCCGCGAUUUCGAGGCCGAGUCCUGGAGCCUUUCCGUGGACGCGGCAUAUGCAAAGACCCAGAAGAAGGAGGUGGUCAAGAGGCAGGAUGUGCUCUAUGAGCUGGUGCAGACAGAGGUGCACCAUGUCCGGACACUCAAGAUCAUGCUGAAGGUCUACUCCAGGGCCCUGCAGGAGGAGCUCCAGUUCAGCAGCAAGGCCAUCAGCCGCCUCUUCCCUUGUGUGGACGAGCUGCUCGACCUACACAGCCACUUCCUCUCUCGGCUGAAGGAGCGCCGCCAGGAGUCCCUGGAGGAGGGCAGUGACCGCAAUUACGUCAUCCAGAAAAUCGGGGACCUCCUGGUGCAGCAGUUCUCUGGCGAAAAUGGGGACAGAAUGAAAGAAAAAUAUGGUGUCUUUUGUAGCGGCCACAAUGACGCAGUCAGUCAUUAUAAGUUGCUACUACAGCAAAACAAGAAAUUUCAAAGCCUGAUCAAGAAGAUCGGCAACUUCUCCAUCGUGAGGCGGCUCGGCGUGCAGGAGUGUAUCCUUCUGGUCACUCAGCGCAUAACCAAGUACCCCGUGCUAGUGGAGCGCCUUAUUCAGAACACAGAAGCCGGCACCGAGGACUACAGAGACCUGACCCAGGCCCGGAACCUCAUCAAGGACAUCAUCUCCCAAGUGGACGCAAAGGUCAGCGAGUACGAGAAGGGCCAGCGCCUCCGGGAGAUCGCAGGGAAGAUGGACUUGAAGUCGUCCAGCAAGUUCAAGAACGGGCUGACCUUCCGCAAGGAGGACAUGCUGCAGCGGCAGCUCCAGCUGGAGGGCCCGCUGUGCUGGAAGACCACGUCGGGGCGCCUGAAAGACGUCCUUGCUGUCCUGCUGACCGACGUGCUUUUGCUGCUACAAGAAAAGGAUCAAAAAUACGUCUUUGCCUCCGUGGACUCGAAGCACCCAGUCAUCUCCUUACAAAAGCUCAUUGUGAGGGAAGUGGCCAACGAGGAGAAAGCCAUGUUCCUGAUCAGCGCCUCCCUGCGAGGGCCCGAGAUGUACGAGAUCUACACCAGCUCCAAGGAGGAGAGGAACACUUGGAUGGCCCACAUCCGAAGGGCCGUGGAGAGCUGCCCGGACGAGGAGGAGGGGCCCUUCAGCGAGGCGGAGGAGGAGAAGAAGGUGUUCGAGGCCCGCGCCCUGAGGCUGAGGGACUUCCAAGAGCGACUGAACGUGAAAGACCAGCAGAUUGCACAGAGCCUUGGCGAGAAGCAGCAGAUCUACCUGGAGAUGGCGGAGAUGAGCGGGCUGGAAGACAUCGCUCAGUCGCGACUCCUCUUCCGAGGAGGGGAUUCCUCGGAGACCAUGCAGGGGGAGCUGAUCCUCAAGUCGGCCAUGAGUGAGAUCGAGGACAUCCAGACCCUGAUCUGCAGGCAGCUGGGCAGCGCCAACAGCCAGGUGGAAGACGGGGGUGGCUCCGCAGGCCUGCCCCGCAGGGCAGAGACCUUUGGGGGCUAUGACACCGUGAGCAGCCCCGGCAAGAAUGGCAGUUUGAAGAAGGCCUCCAGCAGUGACCCCGGCCCCCGAGACUGGCAAGGCCCGGUGCGCAGCCCAGACUCGCAGCCCAGCAGCCCCCGGGAACCCCCUGAGGAGGCCCCACCUGCAACACCGUUGUCUCCACAGGUCACUGUGCCGGGUGUGGAGUGUGGCCCCCGUCAGCCCCUGGUCCUGGAGUUUGAGCUUGUCCAGCGGAUCCAGACCCUGUCGCAGCUGCUUCUCAGCCUCCAGGCAGUCAUCGCGCAGCAGGACAGCUGCGUGGAGAUGCAGAGGGCGUCCAUCCAGGAGCGCGAGAAGCAGCUGCGGCUGCAGUCCACGCGCGGGAACAUGCUGCUGGAGCAGGAGCGCCAGCGCAACUUCGAGAAGCAGCGGGAGGAGCUGGCGGGCGUGCAGAAGCAGCAGGGCCGCCUGCGGCAGGAGCAGCAGCGCUGGGAGCGGGAGCGGGAGCGCCAGCAGCAGGAGCUGGAGCUGGCGGCCGCGCGGCUGCGGCAGCGCGAGAGCGAGGCGGCGCGGCUGCAGGAGCAGCUGAGCCAGGAGCGCGAGAGGCUGGAGCAGCAGCGGCGGGCCUACCAGCACGACCUGGAGCGGCUGCGGGAGGCCCAGCGCGCCGUGGAGCGCGAGCGGGAGCAGCUGGAGCAGCAGCGGCGCCUCAAGAAGCAGAACACGCUGCCCGGGGCGCUGCCACCGGACUCGCUGGCGGAGGCCCAGCCCCCAAGCCACACUCCCAGCUUCAACGGGGACGGGCUGGAAGGGCCGGCCGCCCUCGCCAAGGCACCGGGAGCCCGGGCGAGCGUGCUGCCGUCCGGCGCCAGCCCCGAAUUCGCAGAGCGCCCCGAGGUGGCCCGCCGGGACAGCGCCCCGGCCGAGAGCCGGCCGGCCAAGAGCGACGUGCCCAUCCAGCUGCUCAGCACCACCAACCAGCUCCAGCGGCAGACGGCGGUGCAGCAGCAGAUCCCCACCAAGCUGGCCGCCUCCACCAAGGGCGGCAAGAGCAGGGCCGGCAAGAGCAGGGGCUCCCAGCGCUGGGACAGCUCAGCCUCCUCCGACCUGAAGCAGCAGCUGUUCCUCAGCAAGCUCGUGGGCAAGGACGAGAACACCGCUCGGCACCGCCGCUCGCUGAGCCCCGUCCUGCUCAGCGGCCACGGCUCUGUACCCCCCGCAGAACCCUGCUGCCCGGCCCCAGCUGACGUCCCUCCUGAGUGCUUCUCCCUCAAGCCUGGGGGCACCCCCGUGCCCCCCUCCCCCUCGCCACUGCCCACCACGCCACUCGACAGAGAGGACAGCAACAAGGAAGACGUCAUCUUCUUCUAGAGGGGCUGUGGCUCGAGGUGCAGACCCCUCCCUGUCCUGCUGUCCGGGGGACAGCCCAGUCCCUCUCCUCUUCCCGAGCAAACCACCACCAGCGGCCACCUGGCUUGGGUCAGGGUCAAGGUCAGGGCCAGGGCUGGCCCAUUGUCUCGAGGCUCUUUCUGUAGGUUUAGCAGUGGUGCCUGGGUAACUUUCUAAGCCUCUUUUUUUUUUAACACAAAAAGGAAAGUUUUUAAUCGAAGGUUGAACCAGAGCUAACCCAA